AUGGAAUCCCGAAACCCGCCGGUGCCUUACUCGGCCACACACGCUCCAAGCGCUCCAAGCGCUCCAAGCCACAGCAGCAGCCCGUCGCUGCCCGCCGACACCGACUACGACUGCGACUCUGAAUACAACGAAAAGGACGCUCGCGCCGCCAAGGACAGCGCGCGCACCCACCGUCGAACCCAGGCCGCCCCAGGCCGCGCGCAUGAUUCCGUCCUCUCGCCCUUGUCGCCAAGCGCCUCUGUGCCGCCAAGCCCCAGCAGCAGCAUCUCCAGCCAUGCAGCACGCAAGCACCGCUCCAUAACGGAGAUCCACGAGACCCAGGCCCGUCAGAGCCGCAGCCUGUCGUACCCGCCGCGCGCACACCUGGACCCAGAGAAGGCCGACUACUACGAUUCGCCGCGCGAACACCGCUCGCAGAACCGCGCCUCGCUUCCAGACGCGGCUGCCGUCGUGUACGACAAGAGCGAAUACCACGAGAAAGGCCCCGAAGACAAGGCCUGGCAACUCCUGUUCUACCUCUCCGCCCCGUGCGCGCUUCUCUCCAUCGCAAUCACCUUCUGGACCGUCAUCGCAACCCUGGUCUCGCUUGCGCUCUAUCCCCUGCGCUUCUGCACCAGCCGCCCAUCGCUCUCCGCCCAACUCACUACUUUUCUCGCACCCGCUCUGAACCUGCAACUCCACCUGGUCUACUCGUUCGACGCCUCAGAGAGCUACAGUGUACCCAUGCUACUCGUCAUCCACCUGUUCUCACCCAUCAUCGCAUUCGGUAUCGCCGUUGCUGCGUGGACAGCUGCAGGCUUCUGGUUCUUCUCUUCGAUCCUUGGCGACCCUGGCGGUCACGAUGGCGGCCGCCACAACGAUGGCAAGGAUUGCAUUCUUGGCGUCAGGAAUCACUGGGAAAGAUGGCUUUUGCGAGGCUUGAGAUGA